GUGAUAUUUUAUUUUAGUGUAAAAGUUUAAUUGGUAUUAAAUUAUUUGAAUAGAAAUAAACGCAUUCUUCGCUUUAUCUGCCAGCAGUGCCAUCGCUGCGCCCCUCAAGAGUAUUCUAAUUUAAUGUACUCAACCAAAUGUUUGUAGUUUUGAAGACUAGAAUUAGCAUUUAGAAGCUAUUAGAAAUGGAGCAUGAUACGUACUGCCAUGAAUGUAAAAGAGAAUACAGUGGAGUCAGCAAUCUGAGGAGACACAUAAAAAAAUUCCAUCCAGACAUUCCACCCCCAUAUCAGGAAAAGAAAGAUUAUCCUUUUACUUGUGAAGAAUGCGGCAAAAAUUUCAGUUAUAUGAGAAACUUCAAGAGCCAUAGGAAAUCACACCUACCCCCUGAUCAAGUUGUCGAAUACAAUAAAGCGAAAAUUAAAAAAAAGUGUCCAAUUUGCGAAUACUCAGAUUGGGAUAGAAGGGGGUUAUUUCAUCAUUUCCGAGAAGAACAUGAAAUUAUAAUACUUCCAGAGCAUAAAGACUUUAAAGAUUUUGAUGCUUUUCUUGAAUGGAAGAAGCUGUAUGAGAAUGAAAACAAGAGUCUUUUCAUUAAGAGACACGAAGCAAGUACAGCUAAAUAUGAGAGUACCAUGAUUUAUAGAUGUCACCGAUCAGGCUAUUAUCAACCUAGAGGAAAGAAUAUAAGGAGAUUGAAAACCCAAGGGAGUUGCAAGAUUGAUGGUUACUGCCCAGCAACUAUUAAGGCUAUGAAAUCUAAAAAUGGAGGUGUGAAAGUUAUGUUGUUCGGAACUCAUGUAGGCCAUAAUGAGGAUCUACCACCACUAGCAGUAUCCAAACAAGAAAAACGGGAAAUGAAGACCAAUAGCAAACUGAAAAGUAUUCGUUUACGCCAUAAAACAAGUUUGUCUCUUCAAAGGGACCUUGUUGUGAAGACUAAUCAAGGCUGGUUGUUCCCAUCUUGUAAAAGUGGAGAGGUUUACUGCAUCACAGUAAACGAUGCUGAGUGCCAAUGCGAACUUAACUGUUCAGAAUGUAAUGUUUGUAUUCACAGGUACUCAUGUACUUGUUCUGAUUCCACAAAGAAAGGCAACAUGUGCAAACACGUUCAUCUGUUAUGCCAACCUUUGAAGGGUGAAGAAGAAAUAUUGCAACAGGAACAGUUGCAGCAGGAUCAGCUGCAGGAACAACUGAAAUCUGAUCAGUUGAACGAACAGUACCACGAUCAAUUACAGCACGAACAACUGACACAUGAACAUCUUCAAACGGAGCAACUCCAACAUGAACAAUUGCAACAUGAGCAACUGCAGCAUGAGCAUCUUCAACACGACCAGCUGCAACAGCAUGAGCAGCUUCAACAUGAACACCUUCAGCAUGAACAACUGCAACACGAACAGUUGCAGACUCAGCAUCAUUCCGGGCAUUCAGAUGACGAGCUCAUUAUUUAUGAAGGCCUUCAUCCCGAAGAUGACGCAGAUAUGCAAGAGCUAGCUGACCAUCAUCAACAUAUCCAAAACAUGUUGGAGGACCGCAAACAGUCGAUCCUCAAUAAGUUGAACGAUGUCUUGCAACGCUGCAACAAUGAGAAUCUUCUGAGGGAGAUUGAGAUGUAUGUGAUUCAGCUAGAUGCCAGAGUGGAAUGUGGAGUCUUGCCUGUUCCGCCACUGGUGCCCCUUCCCAAUACUCCAGUUGCGGUGGCCGUUGCAACUCCGCUGUUGGAAAUUACCUCGCCUAAGAGACAAAGGACGGUGCUCACAGAAUUAAAGCAGUCGAAGCCUAUCGUUAGGUUCCAGGCCAAUGAUUUGUUCCGGCAUUUAUAGUUCAGGAUAAUUCCAGGGGAGGUACAAGUUACUUCUGAACUGGAUGAUUGUACAGAAUAAGCUUGUAAGUUGUAAGAUUCAAUUGUGGCAGUGAAAUUCAGUGUGAAGCAUGAUUGUUGUAUAGACAUUUUGGUGUAUCAAAGUAAUAUUGUACACGUCUUUUACCUAUGUAACAGAAAACGUUUGAUCACUUAGAGUAAGGAAAACCUCACAUGUAUUUAAAUGAAGAUAUUUUAGAAUCAAACAGUAAAUAUAUUUUUAUUUUAAAAAA